GGACGAGCUUAUACCACUCUUGCCCGCCUCUUCAUGUCCUGACGUCAAAAUGUGACAGCGGUCGCAUUAAUAUCUUGAUACAUUGCAAUUUGUCGUAUUCUCACUUCUAGAGCUUACAGAGAGAGGACUUGCUUCAAGUGACCAAACGGAUGACACUCGCAUAAUCAUUUCGCCUUUGUGUGAUUGUGGUUUAACAACGCCUUCAGUUAACUGGACACUUUUGAUUUGACAUUGAUGAUCCAAUAUUGAGAAUACCUUCGUAUUACUGCAUUUCAAAUCAGUUUUGCAUGAAAAUGGAUUGUGAAACAAGCUGUGAGAAGAUGAUUGUGAUAGCUAUAGUGUUCGCAUAACCUUUGAAUUUUCAAUUUUCAAUGCCCAUAACCACAAACUGCUGACAAUAACAACAAAACUUCAUGAUAUUUCAACAGAACAAUGGACUAUCGCCUUUACUUUUCUUGCAAGUACAAUAACGAAGUCAUCAUCAGUCUAAAAAGGGUAAAUGUUAUAGAUUAGUGCAAAAUCGCAAUGUCAGUCAAUCCAUUUCCUGAAAUGGAUAGCGUAUCUACGGCUGAGCCUGAACCCUCUCCGUUCGAUCCGAUACCCCGGGGCGAACCCGUACCUGACUGGGAAGAAGCACGCAUCGUCUGGAAGUCCACCUGGAACAUCCACGUCUAUGGCUUCGCAACCAUCUUCCUGCUCUUUACAAUAUUUUCAACAUACCGAUUCUUGAAGCUAUACUCCUUCAAAGCGGCAAGGAUGUCCAACGGGUACCAGCUGAAGCUCGGUUUAUACAUCGCAAUCUGCCUCUUCAGCCUUCUACGGUCGUUGGUUUUGUUUACCGACGCCUAUAACUCGUGGAAUAUCUUCCCGCCCAUUUUAGCCAAGGUGUUGUGGUCUCUGGCUUAUCCUUGUUUAAUCGGGGCAUUUACGGUUUUGUUAGCCGUGCUCCUGGCAACAACCAACGCAUGCCAUCGUGGGAAAUCACUCGCGUCGAGCUACAAACAUGGUAUCGGAAUGGGGUGCUGUUUGUUGGGAUACACCGCAUUGGUAGUGACUGCUGACUGGGCCGUCAUGUACAGUCAGCGCAGUAUUUUUCUCUUGGUGCUAUGCCAGGUAAUCUUCAUCGCUUGGGGGACCAUCGUGAUGAUUGGCUAUGCUUCCAUCGCUUGUAAGAUCACGCGAGAUCUCUCGCGAACUCCGCUUAACGUCGACCGCGGUCUUCUCCGCAGUUUUGCUCGUCUCCUCUGCGUCUGUUCCGUCAUCGGUGGGAUCUGCAUCCUGAUGAAAUUCUAUGCAGCAGUCAGCACGUUUAGUUCAAGGUCAGAGUCGGAGGACAGCCCACAACCCUGGCGUUGGUUGGCCUUCGAGACCACUCAGAGAGCGAUAGAAUGCUCCAUGUGUCUACUGCUCAUCCUUAUCACUGGUAGAGCCGACCGGAAACGGGAAAUCUUGGUUGUACCGAAGAUCAUGUGUAACGGCAUCACCAUCAUCUCUGGGCUAGAGUCCGGAACCGUACUCAAAGACAUUCGCUUAAAAGAUAAGCAAAUUAUUCAUUAGUGUAUUGACAAAUAAACCAAUACAUCGCCAGUUUUCCCUUCUUCUUUACCCCGAUGUCGGUCUCUUUAGGCCAAUUGUUGAAGGAUGUCAAGAUAUGACAGAGUCGUUCUGGCUUUGUCUGCUGAUAGACCAAUUUGAUAUCCACCGGAGUUCUAAUGCACGUUGCGGAUUGCAAAUCGACAGACCAUGGAUCAUUGCAAAUAACAAACAAGUUUUGAUCGGUCUGAACUACAGUGACAAUAACGAGUUUUCACAAUUGCAACUGGGACGGAUUCUAGAACAAAGUUAAUCUAUAGAAAAUACCAGACAAAUCACAACGAAUAGCUGAGAGGACUUUGUCGAAAAUUGGUAGACAGAGACAGCUGAUCGCCGUAAUAUUCUAUGCUAACGAAAAAUUGCAAACAUAUUGUUUGUCCAAAGUUAAGGACGAUACUGAUGUUUUGAUUCACAGAUCUUCGACAAAGACUCCUGUGUCAUGAAGGGCUUUUGACAAUAGAUUCUCUAGGUUCCAGAAAGCGUCUGUGUAGCUGUUGCGAAACCUCCCUACUAACACAGUGCUCAACUUACAACAUUAUAUUGGCUAGCAGUGAAAAGUAAUCAUGGUCAACAAAUAACAGUUUAUCAUGCACUAUAUAAACAUGGAGCCUGUUUCACAAAAACUUAAACCACGGUAACUUUUAUCAUGGGAACCUUGAUUAUGUUUGGCUACUAAGCAAUUUUACCUUGACAGUGGCCAUGAUAACAUUUUCACCAUAGUUAUUAGCUAUUGUAAAACGGUCUCAUGGUCUUGAAAAAAAUUCACUUGUCUCCAUUUUUAGUUUAUAUGACGACUUGUGUAAAUAUGUGUGGACGUACUUAUCUUCUUUUUAUACCAAGAUUGUGAAUAUACGCUCUUUGAAUAACAUGGUGCUGACAACGUUUUUUUUUCUUAUCAUAAGAAAAUAGAAAAAUAUUGUAAAUGAUUUCUUUGUACCAUCAUUGUUCUACAAAUUGUUUGUCAAGGAAAUUUUUUCCAAUUUCUUGACAAUAAAAACUCUCUAUCAGUGUCUAUUGAACGUUUUCUUUUAUGGUGGUAAACGACAAAACCUUGUUACCAUGGAUUUAUCUAAAACCUGUAUUUUUUUGUAGAGAUGGACUAAAGUUCUGCAAGUUUUUUAAUAUAUGAGAUGAAAUUGCAUUUUUUCUGUCUUUUGACAUAGCAAACAUCAUAGCAUAAUGAUGUCUAUAAAUAAAGCUCACAAUAUCGAUAACAAUAAUAAAACCUUUUGGUUAUACCUAAAGUAUGGAGUAUACUGUAUCAUUCUAACUGAUGUCGUGUUUAAGUGUUAUGUAAUGUGUUCUUAUAUCGAGUGAAAUAACUCGUACAACGUCAUUUGUCUUUUGGGGGCGGGUGGGGGGGGGGUUAAAAGCUUAUGUAUUCAUAUCAGGGUCAUAAUCGUGGUAAGAUACGAAAAGUAAGAGUAUCCGAUCAUGUAAUUUUCUGACAGUUUGAGAUUGUAUUACCUGAAGUAUUUAAUCAUGAGUGACAGUGAAUUUAAAAAUAUUUCAUUUUCAGACAGUUAAGUCAUUAUUUCUAUUCACAAAGUUACCUUGCCAUGACGAUUGUCAUUAUAUAAUCAACAAAUGAUUGUAAUUAUUUUUCUUUGUUUUUAAUGUCCUUCUACCUCUUUUUGAAAUUAUUUGCACCAAAUGACCAGUAUUUUGAAUGCGGGUUUAGAUUAAACUAUAUUCAAAAGUCUCUAACUGUAGUUUAAUUUUAUGGAAAGCCAGUUGUGACAUAAAUAUUUAACUCUACACGUUCAAUUUAUCACCUCAUCCUUCACUCAGAUCAUUCAUAGCUGUCUCAGACUAAUAACUGAAUUAAUUUCUUCGCAAUGCAUGAUAACAUAACGAAAGAGUACAAUUAACAUAAGAAAGAUUCAAUGUUAAUUCAAGCACAGAAUUGGACCAUGACCUACAUUUUUUAACCCGGGCUACAGAAUACACUUUAAAAACACUGAGUAAAAUUCUACCCAAUAUUGGGUAAAAAGGGUAUAUGCAUGUUUGCUGGGUAUUUUCUUUUUCCCCAUGUUGGGCUAAAUGCAUGUUUUAAGGGUAAAUUUCAACGCAACAUUGCGUAAAAUGUACUCAAUAUUUGGUAUAUUUUUACCCAACCAACAUGCAUGUUUCCAUUUGAUCCAAUAUUGGGUAAACUUUUUCUAUAGCAUACUGGCCAAUCACGUGAAGGGUUUCUGUCACCAGUUACAUAAAUGUUUUGUUACAUUACUUUGCUAUCACAGACAAAAUCAAGAUUGCCAUGGAAGUCACCAUAAAGUAAGGCUUUAUUCAAUGGGGACCCUUGUAAGAUCUUGAUAUACGUAGUUAACUAACGUUUUGUAAAACUUGUAACUUGAUGCUGAGCCAUUUUGUAACAAAUCAGUGUAACUGAAUGAAAAUUUCCAGGGUUAAGCAUACAAUCAUUUAAGAAAAAAAAUUAUCUGGGGCAAAUUUGGACUGAUAUAGGCCUGUAAAGCGAGGCGAAGGUCAUUAUAAUGAGGGUGGCAGCAGUACCCGCUGAUAGAAGUUUGAUACCUCUUUUCAAACUUUUUCGGAAAAUGUUAACCCAGAUUUUUCAGGUACGUCACUGCUAUAAAUAAUAAUAUCGAUCGUGAUAGAGUGUGUAUUAUGAUUAUGAUAUGUCGACACCACAUUAUUGCGGACCUUUGUAAAAUAAUAUCGUAUAAUGUAAUCACACUAUUAUCAAAUAUCUGAUGUCGUGUAAUCGUCUGUGAAUUUUUUAACCUUUAUUAUUGAUUGCCUGACUAUGGUAUAUUUUGUCAGUAUCAUCUCAAAGUAAUUAAGCUGUGGUUAUGUUGCCAUAGCAACCGUAAUGAAGUUCACCUCGUGUCGAAUUAUGUGACACCGCUUGUUGUCUGUCUCAUAUCUAUAUGAACUACAGAUAAAUGAUUUCAACUACCAGACUCACAAUUGUGUUGUAUGAUGCUAUUUUUGCAAUACUAAUAAAAUAAUGAAGUGUA